CCUAUAUAUACAAGAUGUGCUUCUCUGACACUUGCAAAAUCCAGUGCACUAUGGCAUCAAAUUCAUCAAUCUCACUGGCUUCCAUGUUAUCACUAAUUUCAAUUCUAGUGGUAGGAGCUGGUGCUGGUGAAAUCGCAAUCUACUGGGGUCAGAAUGGAAAUGAGGGUAGUUUGGCACAGGCUUGUGCCACUGGUAAGUAUGCCUUUGUUAACAUAGCUUUCCUUCCAACAUUUGGCAAUGGUCAAAAACCAAUGAUCAACCUUGCCGGCCACUGUGAUCCACGCAAUAACGAAUGCACCAGAUUCAGCUCUGACAUAAAAGCGUGUCAAGCAAAAGGAAUUAAGGUGAUGCUCUCUAUUGGAGGAGACGCAGGGAGCUAUGCCCUUUCUUCAACUGACGAUGCUAGACAAGUUGCAGACUAUCUUUGGAAUAACUUCUUGGGGGGCCAUUCUUCAUCUCGCCCUCUUGGAGACGCUGUUUUGGAUGGAAUUGACUUUGUUAUUCUACAUGGAACAGCCCAACACUGGGAUGAGCUUGCAAGGUAUAUUUCUGGUUACAGCAAACAAGGAAAGAAAGUAUAUUUAACAGCAGCCCCUCAGUGCCCUUUCCCUGAUGAAUGGAUGGGAGGUGCCCUUAAGACAGGCCUAUUUGAUUAUGUAUGGGUGCAGUUCUAUAACAACCCUCCAUGCCAAUACACAUCAGGCAGUAUUGACAAACUUGUAAACGCAUGGAAGCAAUGGAAUUCUAUUCCUGCCACCAAAAUUUUGUUAGGACUUCCUGCAGCACCUAAAGCAGCUGGAAGUGGCUUCAUUCCUGUUGCCGAUCUAACUUCUAAAGUGCUUCCGGCCAUUAAAGGUUCCGCCAAGUAUGGAGGUGUGAUGCUGUGGUCCAAAUUCUAUGAUGAUCAAACAGGAUACAGUUCUUCCAUCGAGAGCAGUGUCUAGAAAUCUGAAUACCCUCUAAUGUAUGCAUGUAAUAGUCUCGAAGUGGAAUAAUUGCUUAUGCUGCUUUUGAUUAAUGCUUCUUUGCUUGCUAUGAGAAAUUUCACGGUCUUGUUAA